CUGUUUAAAAGCGGGGCGCACAUGCGCACUCGCACAGCUAUCCUCCGGCUAGGCUUCUCGGACUGGUGUGAAGAUGGCGUUGCUGCGACCUCUGGACAAGCUGCCGACCCUGGAUGUAGCCACCAUCCUGCUGUUAGGUGCUGAGGAGACGCCUCUGGAGCAGUUGGGCACGGCCAUCAUCAAGGAAUGCGAGGGCACUGCCAAGGUCCAGGUGCACGUGGCCUCCUGUCUCCCUCUGCCCACCGACAGGGAAUGCUUCCGGCCCCGCAUCGACCUCAUCGUGUUUGUCCUUAGCCUCCACAGCAAAUAUAGCCUGAGGACUGUGGAGGCGUCCCUGCCUCAUGUGGACGCUCGCUUCUUCCUGGGGAAGGUGUGCUUCCUGGUCACUGGAGUCAGAAAAGAGCCAAACACCAGCAUCCACAUGGACGCCGUCCGGAAAAUGGCCACCGCCUACCACAGCCCUCUUCUCUUCGGUGACCUCGAGGUGGAAUGCUUCCGGGCCUCAGUGGCCCAGCGCCUCAUUCAGAUUCUGCAGAUCUGUGCGGGCCAUGUGCCCGGCCUGUCGGCCCUGAACCUGCUGUCCAUGAUGAAGCCGUGCCUGGAGCUGACCAUGCAGGAGACGUGACUGAGCUCUCCCCCAGAGACACGUCCAGACUGACCUCUGUGGGGCGGAGGCCACCUGUCUCAUGUCCUGCUGGGGGGGAGCUGCCUGGGAAUCUGCCCCCUUCCCUGGGCCAUCUUGAAUGUUGUUAUUUUGAGGAAUUAGGCUUAAUUAAAAAUGAACCACCACGAAAGCACCUCUUGCCCAAUCCUCUCCUUUGCAGCCCCACUGUUCUGUGACCUUGGUGUCCUCGGUCCCAUGGGAAGCAUUUCCCUGACAGAAAACCCCUCCCAUUCUGUAUGGCAGCCGACCUAAUAGUUUAAUAUGGAGCAAAAAGCAAAAAAAAAAGUGCCAUCACCUUCAGUCUAAAAAGAGUGAGAAAGUAGGUCUCGAAGGGCUGGACCAGGCCUGAGCUCUGAGUGGGGCCUGAGGAUGGAGGACAUUCUCUAAGACAAAAAGGUGGAGGCAGAAAACGUGUGGGUGCCUGCAAGGUGGGGGGGAGGGUUCCAGUCAGAUCCCACCAAUAAAAGCCUGACAUUGGAGCCCACAGAGAAGGGACAGUCAUAACCCCAAGAGCUCCUCGGAAGGAGGCGUUCUCCAGGCAGGGAAUGGUUUUCAAGAGAAGAUUCCCAAACUUUGAUCAGUGUCCAGAAGAAAACAGAAAAAAGGCUAGAAAGAAUUGCAGACCAGCAGAAUGGCUGGGGCCUUAAUGUGUUGAAUUUCAUUCUGGCAAAACUGUUGUUUUGUUAAUGAAAUGACAGAAAAUUGUUAGUAUGGAUUGCCUAAACCUGUAGUCAUGACGAAGUCAAAAUUCCAGUAAUGUCCCAUGCUCCUACCCCUCAGAUAAUGAGAUUAGGUGGAGCUGAACCACACCCCCAUCCCCCCAUCCUGAGAUCUUGCCUCAUGGGGGAGCCCAGCUGGCUCUCAGCUUCUCAGGUCAUUGCCCACUUCCAUUGGGAUUUGUGACGGGCAAACCAGCCAGAAUGAAGUGGCUGUCCUUGCUCCGAUUGCCCAGGGCCGCUGGGCUCUUGUGACCUGGCCUUGUUACCUCGAGCUCCUCGCCCCCACCAGAAACUAUAAACACUUUUUCCUGGGUCUCUUUGGUUGGGAAAUUCACUGGCUAUCCCCCAGGCUGGCAGAUCUGCUGCCCUGUGAUCUCAAUUAAAGACGAUUUAUUCCUCAA